AUGUAUUUUGUCUAUGUUUUUGUUUAUAUAACACAACCAAAUGGUUUAGAUCCAGAUAGUUCUGAUUGUUCUGUUGGAAAAACUUUUUAUACAUAUGAAUUAUUAAACAUUGAGAUGAUUGUUCAUAAACAUCCGAAAACUGUUAUAGGAGUUGGCAUGGUUGGUUUUAUUUGUUUUGUUCGUGUACACGCUGAUCUUGUAAAUAUCAGUUUUACAAAAGAUGUUGGAAUCUGCACCAAAACAACAUGGGAACUAAAAGCAAUAUCUUUCUACCACAAUGUAACGGGUAUAUUAAGAAAAGGAGAUGGUCGAGCACUAAUUGCUACUCAUGAAGUGGAAAAAUCAGGAUUAUCCUAUAUAAAAGUCAAUGUAACCAUUUGCUGUCCAGGAUUCUAUAGACAACACAAAGGAAUAUGUGAAACUUGUCCAGAAUUUACUUAUGGCUUGAAUUGUUCAAACAAAUGUAGAUGCCUUGCGUCUGAAAAGUGUAAUCAAACAACUGGAGAAUGUAAAAGGUGCAAUGAAAAUCCGGCUGAUACCAGGUGUGACGAAGAAACAAUCAACGGAACACCAGAAACUAGGAUAGAGUCAUCGUCGAUUUUUACAAUUGCUUCAUAUACAAGACUCUUCAAUCGACAAAAAAGGACAACGGAAUCAUCAGCAAAUACCAAACAAUUCGAUGUGAGUGUAUUCCCAACUGCAGAUGCAAGUAAACGGGACCCAAAACAAGCGUUACAAAGUGGCGAUAUUUCUACAUCAGUUGUUGCAGUAUUUGUGAUCAUACCACUUCUUGUGCUGAUCAUUAUCCUUGUUUUAUUAGUGAAAAGGUAUCAUGGUAGAUAUAAUUUCAAGAAACGUGGAACCACAGAAUCAGUUCACAAGUUGAUGAGUGAGAGCAGCCAUACAAUGAAACUAAUGAAUAAAAGCCACGAAUUAACUCAAGUUAAUACUAAUGAAGAGAUACUAAGGGGUGGUAGUUACAAAGACGUGGAUGGUAACCGAGUUUACAUUAGCAUGUACAAUGCUAUGAAUAUCGAUGUUCUUCACGAGGAUUCAGAUAUGGAAAGAAAAAGCAAAGAUCUACAAUACAUUAGCAUGCAUUUACAGUAUUUGUCUGAAAACAUGCGACAAUCUGUUCCAAAUGACCAUGACACUGUAGAAUCUAAAUAA